AUGGGGGGCCCCCGGGCCGCGCGGCUCCGGCUGCUCUUGCGCCCGGUCAAGCUGCUGCGGAGGCGCUUCCGGCUGCUGCUGCUGCUUGCCGUGGUGUCCGUGGGGCUCUGGACACUUUAUCUGGAACUGGCGGCGUCGGCCCAGGUCGGCGGGAACCCCCUGAACCGCAGGUACGGCAGCUGGAGGGAGCUGGCCAAGGCUCUGGCCAGCAGAAACAUUCCAGCUGUGGACCCGAAUCUGCAGUUCUACCGUCCCCAGAGGCUGGGCCCCAAGGAUCCAGGCUCAGCACGUGGUGGGAGUGGAAACAGCAGCUACUUGAAGUGGAAUAAGCCGGUGCCCUGGCUCUCAGAGUUCCGCGGCCGUGUCAACCUGCACGUGUUUGAGGACUGGUGUGGCAGCUCCGUCCAGCAGCUGCGGAGGAACCUCCACUUCCCCCUGUACCCCCACAUCCGCACAACCCUAAGGAAGCUGGCCGUGUCUCCCAAGUGGACCAACUAUGGCCUCCGCAUCUUCGGCUAUCUGCACCCCUUCAUGGAUGGGGAGAUCCAGUUUGCCAUUGCUGCCGACGACAACGCAGAAUUCUGGCUGAGCCGGGACGACCAGGUCUCCGGCCUGCAGCUGCUGGCCAGCGUGGGCAAGACCGGAAAAGAGUGGACUGCCCCUGGAGAGUUCGCGAAAUUCCGGAGUCAGAUUUCGAAGCCGGUCAGCCUGGCAGCUGCCCGCCGGUACUACUUCGAGGUGCUGCACAAGCAGAACGACCAGGGCACCGACCAUGUGGAAGUCGCAUGGCGGCGGAAUGCCCCCGGGGCCAAGUUCAGCAUUAUCGACUCUGCUUCCCUGUCCCUCUUCACAAAUGAGACCCUCCUGAGGAUGGACGAGGUGGACCACAUCCCGCAGACAGCAGCCAGCCACGUGCGCCCCCCAGACCCCCUUCCCACUGACGAACAACCACCUGCCGACAUGCUGCGGCCCGACCCUCGGGACACUCUCUACAGAGUGCCUCUGAUCCCCAAGGCUCAGCUCCGACACGUCCUGCCUGACUGCCCCUACAAGCCCAGCUACCUGGUGGACGGGCUCCCUCUGCAGCGCUACCAGGGACUCCGGUUUAUUCACCUGUCCUUUGUUUACCCUAAUGACUACACUCGCCUGAGCCACAUGGAGACUCAGAAUAAGUGCUUCUACCAGGAAAACGCCUACUACCAAGACAGGCUCAGCUUUCAAGACUACAUCAAGAUUGACCAGCCUCAGAAGCAGGGCCCAGAGCAGCCAGGUUUCGAGGAUGGCCUUCUAGAAGAAUCCCAGUAUGGAGAUGCGGCAGAGGAUACCCCUGCCCCUGAUGGCCAGAAUGCCAGGAUGCCAGUGGGGAAGACAGGCCCCCCCACAGCUCCUGGGCAGGAUGCCCCUGACCGCCGCCUCCAAAACCUGCGGAGACUCCUGGCUCGGGCCCAGGAGGGCCUGGCAGCACCCACUCCCUGGCAGAACUCCACAGCCUCCCUCCCCAUGAGGCCCAGCACCGCCACUGCCCAGCCAGCAGACAAGAAGGCGAGGAAGCCCAGCCUCGAGCCCUACCAGGCUCUGCAGCAUCCUGACAAGUGGCCCCCGGAACCCCUGGCCGGGCGCUCGCCACCAGCGAAGAGGCCCAGGACCGCUGGUGCCAGUCCUGGGAAGAUGCUCGGGCGGUCUCAGUGGCUGAACCAGGUCGAGUCGUACAUCGCAGAGCAGAGAAGGGGCGAUAGGAUGGAGCCUCCAGACCCCAGGGGGGGCUGGCCCGAGGAGCAGGAUGUGGUGGUGGCAGUAGGCGGCCAAGAAGGACAAACGGAGGGUGAGGCCGAGGGGGAGGAUGAGGGGGAGGACGAGGAGGAUGUGAGCGAGGUGUUGGAGUACCUGUCCAUGUUCGACCCGGUGGUGAACUGGGAGCAGACCUUCAGCGCCCACGACCUGGACUUGCAAGCGCUACGGACGGACUGGAUCGACCUGAGCUGUAACACAUCGGGCAACCUGCUGCUUCCGGAGCAGGAGGCGCUCGAGGUCACGCGGGUCUUCCUGAAGAAGCUCAACCAGAGGAUCCGGGGGAGGUACCAGCUUCAGCGCAUUGUGAAUGUAGAGAAGCGGCAGGACCACCUCCGUGGGGGCCGCUACCUCCUGGAGCUCGAGCUCCUGGAGCAAGGCCAGCGCCUGGUGCGGCUCUCGGAGUUCGUGUCCACGCGCGGCUGGCAGGGCACUGAUGCAGUGAGCGGGAAGGAGGCCGAGGCCCUGAACCUGCAGGGCCUGGUCUGGAGCCCGCAUGACUUCCAGAGGCACGUCCCAGGUGCCCGGGCCCCGGAGCCCAAGCUGUGCUGGCCCCAGGGCUUCUCCUGGAACCACCGCGCCGUGGUCCACUUCAUCGUGCCGGUGAAGAACCAGGCACGCUGGGUGCAGCAAUUCAUCAGAGACAUGGAGACCCUGUCCCGGGUCACCAGCGACCCGCACUUCAACAUCAUCGUCACUGACUAUAGCAGCGAAGACAUGGACGUCGAGACGGCCCUGAAACAGUCCAAGCUGCGGAGCUACCAGUACAUGAAGCUAAGGGGGAAUUUCGAACGCUCAGCUGGACUCCAGGCUGGUGUGGAUCUGGUGAAGGACCCGCACAGCAUCAUCUUCCUCUGUGACCUCCACAUCCACUUCCCAGCUGGCAUCAUCGACACCAUCCGGAAGCACUGCGUGGAGGGCAAGAUGGCUUUCGCCCCCAUGGUCAUGAGGCUGCACUGCGGGGCCACCCCCCAGUGGCCCGAGGGCUACUGGGAGGUGAACGGAUUCGGGCUGCUAGGCAUCUACAAGUCAGACCUGGACAGGAUCGGAGGCAUGAACACCAAGGAGUUCCGAGACCGCUGGGGUGGAGAGGACUGGGAGCUGCUGGACAGGAUCCUCCAAGCCGGCCUGGAAGUGGAGCGUCUCUCCCUCCGAAACUUCUUCCAUCACUUCCAUUCCAAGCGGGGCAUGUGGAACCGCCGCCAGAUGAAGAUGCCGUAA